CCGUGGUGAAUGACAAGAGUAAUUCUGUUUACACAUUUGGUGGAGGCCGAAAAAUUGUAAAGCACCCAAUAAAAUGUUGGCUUCAAUGGUUAAAGAUCAUAAUUUAAGGCAAGCCAAGCGCAAACAGGAGCAAGAGGUACGACGCAAGGAAGCUAUUGAAGCUUCAAAUGAACUAACACAGGCGCUGGUGGAUCACUUAAAUGUUGGCGUUGCCCAGGCGUACCUAAACCAAAAGCGACUCGAUGUGGAGGCUAAGCAACUUCAUGUGGGGGCUACAAACUUUGCAAAGCAAACACAACAGUGGCUGCAACUAAUUGACAAUUUUAGUAGCGCUUUAAAGGAACUUGGCGAUGUGGAAAACUGGGCACGCAGCAUUGAAUGCGAUAUGCAAAUAAUACAGCAAAGUCUAGAGUUGGCCUAUAAGGCGUCUCGGGCCACACAAGGCACACAGAACGCUACAACGGCUGUUGGAACAACUGAAGCAAACAACACUACAUAAACAAAUUAGAAAAAUAAAUGAUGUCUAUAUAGUUUAAAUUUA